AUGGAAGCUUCGAGGGAUCUAUUUAAAAUGUUAAUAAAAUCACAACAACCGCGGCUUGAUCUGGCCGACUUAGGUUUCAUUGUGGUCGUCUUGUUUUUUAAUUUUAUUUUUGAAGGUGUUUUUCAAUUGAUUGAUGAACUCGAGCGUGUUCGGCAGCUAUGGAAACACGCCGAGGAAGGCAAAAUAGGAGCGAAUGAGGAGCUUCUUCGGACAGAAAAGCUUUUAGAGUUUGUUUGGUGAAGUAGUUAAUAAAAGGAUGGUUUUUGUAGCGAAACGAAGAAGAAGUGCACAGCAUUGGAGAUGGAAAUAAAAGAGAUGCGAACGCAUAUGCGAUUGCUAAUGGAGGAAAACAAAGCGUUCAAAUUGGACCUCAACGUUUAUGAAACUCGGGAGCGUCAGUUGAAAGACGCGAUGAAGGUUUGAAAGUUUAUUCUCAAUUUCUGAGAUUAUUUAAAAAAAAAAAAUUGAAAUUUCUUUUCAAAUAAGUUUCAAACGUUUCUAAAGUUUCUCAAAGUAUAAUUUUUCAUGCACCGGAAGAAUGGGGCUUGAAUUCUUUGUUUAUGGAACAUUUUUUUAGUCUUCUUUUUUUAUCUGUGUGAGGUUUUUCAUUGUUAUUUCGUAUUCAACGACUUUUUUUCAGUAGAAUGAUCUGAAAUUUUUUUCAAAAAAAUCGAAAAGGGAGAAAUUUUUGUUUGACGUCACAAUUCUUACUUCCAUUAGUGAAAAAGAUAUUAUUUUUUUCCUUUAUUUUUCAAUCUUCACUAUUCAAAAUCGAUUUUUAGAAUUCUCGUCGUGCUCUAAGUGAUACAUUUCUGUUCAGAAUGGUGCUUUCGAUACAAUGACAAAGGAGGAUCGGGAAACUUUUGCUUUUCUCCGCGAACCUUUGGUCCGCACUUACUCCAAACGACUAGCCGAACGAAACCCGAAUUUUGUUCUUGAGGUUUUGUGAAAAAGUUUUGUGGAAAAUAAUCACGGUUUAAUUCAGGAAGAAGAAGAAGACAGCGAGAAUAUUGAUUAUGAUCAGACCGGGGACAGCAUCGAUGACGAGGAAAUUGAGGAAGUGAUCCAUCUUAGGUGAUUAGAAUAGUUAUCGAAAAGGAAAAAAAUUUAUUUGGGCAAGUUCAAAUUGAAAAAAUCCUGUUGUAUCUAUGUGUUUCUGUAAAAAAAAGUUAUUUGUAGUAAAGGAAAAUUUACGAAAAUAAAAUGGUUUUUUAAAACAGUUGAUAGCUUUUUACGGCACAAAAUUAUUCUCUAUUUUUAGUUCGAACUCCAAGAAUAUGUUCAGAAAUGGCCGAGAGUACAGAAGAUCUUCGACGAACCUAAAAAAUCGCCGAUCUUCAUCUGCCCAUCCACAUGUUCCCACGGGAAUUUCCAACAAAAGAAGCAGAAGUCGAGCUCUCGCCACGGUUACCACGACUAUUGAGGAAGAGCCAGUGGGGAAAAGUGCUAUAAAAAGGAAAUUUGAAUAGUUUUUUAGGUGGAAGGAACGCCGCCAAAACGCUCACGAGACGCUUCGCGGAAACUGAAGGAAGAAGUCACGACGACUACGACCACCACGACCACCACCAUGGCUUCGGCGGUCCCAUCGAGCAGCCGCGGCCGCGAAACCAACCAGCGAAGUGUCCACAGGAGUAUGACGCGAAGGAGCAUGAGCGUCGACAGUGUCCCGGCAGUCAAGGUGUGGAAUUGGGUGAAAAAUGGCGGAUAUAAUAGCUCGGAUAAAUUCCGUUCAGAUACACUUCCCUAAGUGACUUUCCUAGAGAGGCGGUUAAGGUGUAGCAUUGGGCCAAAAAUAAGGGGGAUGUAUUGGAAAGGCUAACUCAGAGCAUUUCUGUUCAGAUAGAAUUUUUCAAGAAAAUCUCAUGAGAGGCUGUUAAGGUGUGGAUUUUGCAAAAAUUAGCCUGUCAAAAUUUGAAAAAGAGCUCAAUAAUUAAUAAGAAAGGAAAGGUCAGAAGAAGACUUUCUUUUCAGCGCUAUGAAAGCGCUAAAUAAUUAGUUAUUGCGUUAAAUUUUGCCUUAUUAGCGCAUUUGAACAUGAGCAAGUUUUCAAAGAUUUUCCAUCAAUCAGCUUGAAAAAAUUAGUUGAAAAGAGUCCAUCAAUAAUGAAUGAUGAAAAAGAAACCAGAAAAGAUGAUUUUUCUGUUUAGCGCCAUGAAAAAGCUGAAGAAUUUUUCAAUGAAUUGAUUCUUAGAAUUCUUUUAAAGCGCUUUUCAAGUUCUUUUUAAUUGCAAAUAGUUUUUUCUUGACAAAUUUGAAAUGGAUCUGUUUUUUGAAUCAUUUUUUUGGAAAUUCAGCUUUUAUGAAGAUCUUUUAAGGAAGGAAAAAAUACGUUCAAAUGGGCUUGAAAAGGUACAGAAAGCUUUUCUUGUCAAAUGUACUGCGUAGAUUUUUUUUUCUAUGGGAAAAGGAAGAAAAAAUAUGGUUUAAAAAAAUUCGUAGUUAGCAGGUGCUGGAGACUUUUUUUUAAAUCACUGUUUUGCGAGAUUUUCAGUCACUCUAUUUUGUGAAAGUUGGUUUUUCAACAGUACUUUCCACUAUCCAGAAGCCUCAAUGAGAAAAAUUGUUUUUCCUUUAAUGUCCAGAAUCGAAACAAAUUUUUUUCAAUUUUCAGCCAGCAGUAACCCCAGCGUACGGCCUCAACAAUCAGUUCACGAAAAGCACACUGGAUAUGCGCUCCUCGAGAACUCCGAUGGCCCCUUCGUGGACUACUGACGUCACCAACGACGCUCCUUUCCGCCGCCAUGCCUUUGUUGAUGCUGGAAUUGUAAUUUCCCUAUAUUCCUUGCUGUAUUUUGGAUUUUUUGUUCUUUAGCGCGUUACCAAGUGCGACGAGUGCCACACAACUAUCACUCUGUUCUCCGGAAAAGCCCUGCGAUGCAAAGAUUGCCAUCAGGAGGUCCACAAGAACUGCGCUACGUAGGUUUUUCCGUGAAUAAUGAGAGGAAAAUCGAUGAAUGAAAAUUGUAAUGGAAAUUGGUGUAGAUAACUUCUACCUAGACAGGGGAAACUUGGGAGAACAUAGAAUAUUUUCAGAUUGACAGGAGAAUUUUAGAGUUGUUAUUUUGCUCAGGAAUGUUCUUAUAUGAGAGGAAUUGAGCUAGUGACUAAUUUCUUAAAUGAUUUAAUAAUUUUGAAUACAGCAAAAAAACUGGUCGCAUUCAAUAAAUUUUCCAAAAUUUCCGUUACCAAUUGAAUAGUUUGAGUUGAUUUUUGGUUUUUGUGGAAUUGAAACUGUUUUCUAUCUGUAUUUUUUUUUAGCAAAUUUUUGAUCUAAAACUAAAAUGAGACCGAUUUUUUUCGUUUUUUAUUCUAUUUUUGCUUUUUUGAAAAAUAUAUUUUUUUUUCUUUGAAACUACGGGAGAAGCAAAUAAUAUCUACUGAACUUUGGAGUUUUUUUCACUUUUUUCUAAGCUACUCAUUGAUCAAAACUGACGUUAGAAGAUGAAAAAAAUGUCAAAAUUCGAAUAUUCCGCUAAACCGUAUUUUAGGGAUCCAAAUUGAAUUUUCCUGGGGGGGUUUUUUUUUACUUUUUUUUCUUCCUUAACGCCCAGAGAAAUUUUUUGAAUUUUUUUUUGUCAAUUUGAUCACAGGAAAAACUAGGAAUUUAAUUUAUUUAUUUUAAACAAAGCAUAAAACUUCCUUUUCCAGCCGCUUGCCUUUGCCAUGUAUUCCUCGCCAAAAAUGCAUUGCGACGCCGAAAAGCGCUGGCCGAACCAACAAACGUGUUUACCGUCUUCAGGUUAUCAUUAUUUUUCCCAUUAAUUUAAUGUUCAUUAUUUUCUAGGACUUCUGCACUCAAUCCAAACCCAUGAUUCCCUUCCCAGUUGUCCAUUGCGUCAUCGCCCUGGAACGCAAAGGACUGCACGUCGAGGGACUCUACCGAGUGCCUGGAUCCAAAACUGCUGUAAAUUUAUCCCAUUGCGAAAAGUGAACACAAGAAUUCGAAUCAAGGUCCUCAUGCUGCUGAACGAACUGCGCACUUCGAGGAGUGUGCCGAGAUUGCAUCUGCAAGACCCCGAAGUCAUUACGGAGACGCUGAAGCGCUUCUUGGAUGGGCUCUUGGUGAGAGUUUUUUUUAUUGGAAAGUUUGAGAAAUGAAAUGCUAGAGACUGUAACUAGAAAAUGGAUUCAAAGCUGGAUGAAUCGGAUAAGAGUUGAAAAUACGAAAAAUUGUUACGUCCAUUUCUUUUUUCGUGUAUGGUCUCUUUUUGAGCUUCGAUCAUUUUCAUGAAUUUUUUUAAAAGAAUUUUGAUCAGUUUUAAAAAUUGUGAGACCAUGUAGCUCUCGCUGUUUGUGAAUUUUUUUGAGAUACUCGAAAAGCGAGAUUUUUUUAAGGAAAGGAAAACAUUAACCUUUUCGUCUUAAUAUCAACCAAGAAAGGUGUUUCAAUUCUGAAAUAAAAGACCAGAAACGACGCAUUCUUUGUUUGGGGGGCUAUUUUUCCGAGCAACUUGAAAGUUUAUCGACCACAAAGAGAAAAUUGAUAAAAUAAAAUAUUCCGAUUUUUAAUCAUAUUGAAAAUUUUGUACCCAAGUGAACUUCAACUUUUAGGACCCCCUGGUGCCAAGAACUUCGCGAGACGAGUUCAUCACCGCCGCCGCGCUCUACACUUCGGAUCCGGACGCCGGAAUGCGUGCCCUGAACAAGGCGAUCUGCGAGCUUCCGCAGCCCCACCGCGACACCAUGGCCUAUUUGUUUGUUCACUGGGAAAAGGUGAACUUUUCAAGAUUUUCAAGCAAAAUUCUGUGUUUUAAGGUUGUCGCUUCGGCCGACAUGAACAAGAUGCCGGCGAGGAACAUGGCCCGCGUCUUGGCGCCCUGUGUGAUGGGCCAGCCCGCCCACAAGCUGGAGACGAUGAGGACCGCGACGCAAGACGCCGCCGACUGUGAGAACGCCAUGAUGGCCCUCUUCGCCUUCGAUUCGGUGCGAUUUUCGAGUUUCAUGAGUAAAAAUUGAACAGAAAAAAAAACCUUAAGCUAAGAUUUUUUUUUAUCGCACUAGUUUAAUAAGCCGUGGUCCGCCCGCGGAAUGACUUAUGGAAUGUAGUGGGUUACGGCAGACUCUUAAGGUGAACCGCGACGCAUUUAGCCAUUCCAAAUGCGAACAGAAGGUUCGCGUAUCGAAUUCAGUGUGUUUAAUCAGUAUGAAGGGUGAGAAAGUAAAUAUGAAGAGGACAUUAUUAUGACAAGAUUUAUUGAAAGUUAUACUGAAAGUUUACUGAAAGUUAGAAAAGCCUUUUUUGAAAAAUCAUUGUUUUUCUUCACUUUGAACAUAUUAGAAGUUGAGAGCUUGGGUUUUUAGAUAUUUUAUAAGAAUCUGUUUUCAUUUUUGCUUUUAAAACUUUAAACAUUCCUGGAUUUUAAUAGUCAAGAAAACAAAAAAUAAACCUCACUGAAAACCCUAUUUUUCAGACCUACUGGCGCCGCUUCCUGAGCACCAUCAAUGAUCGCGUGGAAGUGACUCGGAACGACCGAACGCCCAACGCCUUGGACCGCAGCAUCCUGGGACCCGUGAGCCAUUCUCCGGCUUCCGAAACCCCGAUUCUUUCCCAGCGACGACGCCCGACUCAUCAUCUCCUCGGCGGGCUCUGA